ACGGAUGUGAUGACGUUACACGGAUACAUCAGGUAGCCUACUCACAUCGCAUAAAUAGAGAAAGGUGCUCAGAUGCCCAGCGAAGCAACAGCAGAAGGCAAGAACACAAAAGCGAGUAAAACGACAUUAAACGCUGGGAUUGCUGAAACAGAUAGAAAUAAAGAAGACUUGCAUUUCCAAAUUGAACUUAUUCACGCCAAAGCGUUCAGCACCAUGGACAGCAUCAGAGCAGCGGUAUACCUGAGCAUUUGCCUCUCGUUACUGUGCGUCUGUCGAGGUCAGAUGUCAACGGACAACACGCUUUCUUCGCAAGAGGAACAAUUCAUCAAAAGAGAUCUGGUUGAGGCUCUCGAAGAACUUUUGGAUGGAGAACAAGACAGCCGGUUAUCCGUGGAGAAAAAGGCUAGCGUCAUACCAAGGUGCGACGUGGGAGAACGCUGCGCCAUGAAGCAUGGACCACGCAUCGGGCGGCUGUGUGAUUGUAUGCGAGGAACAGCCUGCAACACUUUCUUCUUGCGCUGCUACUGACUGACUCUCUAUCACCUCAGGCACUGUGCACAUGAAAGCAAAGCUUGCGACAACUGAUUUAUUUAACAGGUGCAUUCUAUACUGUAAUGUAUUGCUCGUAAUCUAUAAACAACAUGUGUUGUUAAAAUAAUUUUUUAGUUAGUAAAAUGUUUUUAAGGUUAAUUGAUUUUGAAUAGGCUACAGUCCAAAUAUUGUUUAAAAUAUAUGUCUACAUUCUUGUUUACAUUUAAUAAUAUGUACGUCAUUUAAAUAAAACUGUA